AUUGGCUUCAUCAUCGUAAGUUCCUCGUUGUAUUCAUCAGUAUGUCUUGCAGUGGUCCUGUUCUGUUCACGAAAAGAUGCCAACAGAUCGAUGGUACGCUGCUAAGGAGAAACGUGUCCUUUAUACCAUAAGAAGAAGAGUAUCAAACUAGCAUCUUUGUUUAUUCGUGAAAAUGUCCGAGGGACAAGCGACCAGUAGUGCAUUUCCUAUGCCUCCUAUGCAAUAUGUAAUUAACUACUCCGAUGAAAAUAUAAAAAGAGGAAAAGCACCACCCCCGCCACCUCCAAUACAGGAUUCCUAUACCAUGUUUGGAGCUCACUUUACAGCAGAUGAAGCAAUUAUCCGUCCACUGGAAGCGUCUGGUUGCAGAAGAUUGUAUCCUCACAAUUAUGAUCACAAAAGAGAGUUGAAAAAGCUCAACCAUUCUAUUUUAGUCAAUUUCUUAGAUCUUCUAGAUGUUCUUAUCAGGGCACCAGAAUCUCCAAAGAGAGCGGAGAAACUUGAAGAUAUCAACUUACUAUUUAUUAAUAUGCAUCAUUUGAUCAAUGAGUUCAGGCCACAUCAAGCUCGUGAAACUUUAAGAGUGAUGUUGGAGUUACAACGAGCUAAAAGGAUGGAAAUAGCCCAAAAGUUUCAGGAACACUAUGAUAAGGUAAUGGAUCUAAUCCAGUCAGCAAUAAAUGCCAUCCCAGAGGAUGUUACAUUGGAGUCAAAUCUUCUCUCUGAGUCAGAUUCUUUAGGCCAGUCAUCUGACAUCAAAAUGGAUAUGAGUGACCUUGAUGCUUGCGAUAGUCUAGAUAAAAUGAUGUGUAAUAUUGUUGAUGGUAUGACAUAACAAAUAGAACUUUGUAAGGACCAAGCACUAUGGUGGGGAUAUACAUGUACAUAGUGUGUAUAAUAUGUAAAUAAAAUGAAAUUAAAAAUAUAUUUUUCUUUUA